AAGAAAACAGGAAACUGAAAGAAUAUUAAAUAACUGAAGUGAAAAUUUAGUUAUUGUCUACAAGAUUGGCAAGAGCGUCACAGAAAGGAAGUGAGAAGGCGAGAGAGAGAGUAAAAGCUCGUGAAUAUCCUUUUCUUGUUUUAUGAUUAUGUCAAGUGGACGUAGUGCUCGUCUACCACCCACACCCAAUGCCCCCAACAACAAACAAUGGGUACCCAACUCAACAGCAACGACAACCGGAACAUCAGUUGGCAACCUGCAUGAACCCAACAGCAACAGUUUAAUGUAUCAAUACAACAACACAGCCAGUGUGCCCACCAAUAUGAGUCAUCACCAUCAUCAUCAGCAGCAGAUGACAACCACUGGCAUGGCUGACAAUACCGCCGACAUUAUACAGACAUCUGAUGCUGCCACCGAAGGUAUACCGGGUGAGACAAUCGAUGCCCUGGGACCGGAAUUGGCGGUGGCAACGUCAAAAGUGCUGGAAAGCUUAUCGGAGAAUGAACGCAAAAUGAUAAUUGAAGUGUUGAAUCGUGAUGAAAAUGUACGACAACGCGAUGCGACUCGUAUAAUGCUGUUACGUGCCGAACUGUUGUCAUUGCGACGUAAAGGAGCUUUAAAAAUCGGCGGUGGUUUAAUUGGCAACGGCGGCAGUGGCGGUAUUAGUAGUAGUAGUAUUGGUACAACAAGCACAACAUAUGACGGUACAUCGUUAGUAUUACAACAACAACAACAGCAUCAGCAACAGUAUUCUAUACAGCAGCAGGAGCUACAGCAACAGCAAUAUCUUCAACAGCAGCAGCAACAGCAGCAACAACAACAAUAUCAACUAGAACAAAACAAUCACAAUUUACCCGCUCAUCCACUGCUUCACGAAUCAAAUCGUCAUUGUGCCCGCUGUAAUACAGAACUGGGACGCAUUACAAAUCGUGGUGCACCCUGUCGUGUGUGUAAGUUGCGGGUGUGCAAAGCAUGUCGAGAAUUUACCACACGUACCACCGAUUGGGUCUGUGUAGUUUGUCAUAAACAAAUGGAAAUUCAGGCAGCUUCAACAGAUUGGCUUAAAGGAUCCUGUGGUGCCGUUGAUCAUUUACCCACCAGUGACGUGUUAAGGAAAAGUAUACGACGUUCUUGGACCAUAUCUAAUCCCGAGGACGAUCCCAACAAUCCAAACGCUCAAAAUCCUGUUGCCGAUAACCUUUAUCCGCAGCAACAAAAUCUCAUUGAAGCUCAAUCUGCUGGCAGUUACCCCUCAUUGGAUGUACGCCAUCAACCACAACAUAAUCUGCAUCAUCAGCCAUCACUGCAUCGCAAUCAUCCGAUUAUAAAUUAUAAUACGGGAAGUGCCAUAACAAUUAGUGCUAUAGGAGUUAAUUCGUCAGGGCCAUCGCCAGCCUAUCACGUGAAUCCACAACGUCGUGUCUUACGUCAAUCAACUUUACCCACGUCGCUAGCCAAUAACGAUUCCAGUCUAAGUGGUAGUGGUUCAAAUUUAGAAAAUUAUAAUAGUGUUAAUCUUACUGCCCCCACUUCUCCACAUCAAAUGCAAAAAGGCAUACUUUAUCCAACGGCCUACAAUAGCGAAGAUAUUAUUAAUAUUGAAACAAGUGAUUGUGAUAAUUACGUACAGCAGCCGCAGCCGACACCAGCUCAAAUAACGCAACAACAGACACAGCAACAGCAGACCACAGGACAACCCACACCACCCACGCAUCAUCGUUUACAGGUGCGUCGACAAUCAACUCUACCGGCAAAUCCAUGCCAACCACCCAUGUAUUUGUCAACAUCGCCCAAUCGCGGUUACAGCCGCUCACCCGAACGUUCUCCAGGAGAACAACGCUAUCCACCAUUUAUGCGACAAACUUCCUUUCCUUGCAAUCUCAUUGAGCCUGGCCAAGGUCAGGCACAACAAAUGCAUUUAGGCAGUUCGCCACCCACCGCCUAUCCCUCACCCAUGCAUCGUGGCAAAAUGUUGCCACAAACUACAAAUUUCCAAACGCCUCCACAACAGCAAGCAGCACAGCCCUACGAGCAUCAGCCAACACAACCCACCACAGACGAUUUGGAUUAUACACCUAACAUACCCAAGGGCAGAAUGAUGCGCCAAGCUACUCUACCAAAUCCCGAUCAGCAUGUUAAACUUUUGCCCACUUCUCCACCCAAACGUCAGACAUCUCCGCAGUUCCGACGUUCGCCCGAGUUUAUGCGCCAGCAAACUUUACCCAAUCCCGAGGCGUUCAAUAGCAAUUCCUUGACCGUACAUGGACCAAAUUCAGGGUCGCAAAAAUUCCUACCCAUCUCACCGAGACAGAAGCAAAACUUUCUCUUUCCCAACGUACAAAAUCCUCGGACAUUUUUGUCGCAACAGAAUGUACCAGCCGUUGGUGUAUCGGAACCCGCAGUGGUAGGUACGGCUGAACAUUAUUCCAGUAGUCAAAGUGUUAAUAUACAUCAUAAUCGUGACCAUUCCAAGAUGAUAAAGGUACGCAGUCACAGCAAUGAGGAAUAUUCCAUUACCAAGACCCUUCACACAGAAUCUCGUCGUCUGUUGCCCGAGAUACCCACAGCUGGUCGUUCCAUGAGUCGUUCACCCAGUCGCUUGGUAAGACAAGAUUGUUUGAAGGAGACUUCCAUGAUGGCGCAUCCAGCAGAUAGUCAUGUGCGUACAUUUGGUGAGGCCAAGCAACAGUUUCAUCAAUUUCAAAAUGUUACCGAGGAAGAAGACACACGUCCCGAAUAUGUGGACUAUUUUGGAGAUAGUACCAGUAGCUUCCUGGAAUCGGACGAAGUACAAUAUGAGAAAACCUACAAUACAGGUUUUAGCAGUGAGCCACGCAUUAUUUAUAAUGAUGGUUCCGAUGAUGGCAGCUAUCAACCGUAUCAAAGACCCAUGGUCCAUAGUGCUGAAAAUAUGUUGACUCAUGACCAAAAUUACGGUUAUUAUAAUACGGAUGCCAAUAGUGCGUUGGCCCAACCAUCUUUGGGUCCAAGUUUGAUAGCUGCUGGUGGCGCUUUACCGCGUACUCCCCUUAUGCACAAUCGCUUGAGACGUAGACAGUCUAGAGAUUUACAAAUACCACAAGAUGAGUUUUCUCAACUGCAAGCAGCUGCUGGACAAAAUGUUGAAAAUGUAUCAACAUCCGGUGUGGGAAUGAUGGCACAAAAUGAUAAUGCCACUGCAACAGUUGAAGAGAAAUCACAUGACCGACCCAAACCCGAACAAAUGCGCUCAAUAUCUGAGGAUUCGGGAGCUAAAUCAAAUGUACCAAAGCCUACAACCAGACGCUCACUAUCCCAUCCCGAAAAGGAAACACAGGCUACUAAGAAACCAGAACCCACUAAAAUACCCAGUCCCAAACCUUUGGCGGAUCUUUUUGAUAAAACACGACCAAACACUAAAAUACCAACACCGAGACGACGCAAUAGCAAAGGUGCCGACAGUGAAGAAGGUGCCAUCCUAAAAUCUUAUUUAAACGAAAGAAGAAAUUCCGAUUUAAACACGAAAACGAAUAAAAAACCAAACGAUGACAAACAGCAACAACAACAACAACAUGACUUUAAUUUAGAUACAAGAGAUAAAACAACAACAAACCAACAAUAUUCAGCUACAGAAAAUUAUCAACAAUCCAACAGGAAAUCCCCCAGAGGAGAUGAAAACAAGUCAAGCAAUGCCUCAAAGGACCCAGAUACAAAUGUUGAUGAUGAUGCUGCUGCAGACAAUGACAAUGAUGCCGCUAAUAAUAGAACUGAGACAAAUGCUCAAAUCUCAAAGCAACACACCACUACCCUGGGAGAACAGGAGAUACAGAAUGCUGUCGAAGCAGCAGCCGUUAUUUUCAAAAAAGUCGUCUUACAAAGACGACAAGAAAAGAAAGCCGCCGAAGAGGAUGCAUAUGAUACCAUGGAAACCUCUUCGGAAUUGGAAUUCAAAUCGAUAACAAUCAAUCAUGCCCAAUACAAUAUGGAAGCGGAUGAAUUCAAAUUGGUGUUUAUCAAUUCCACCGAUUCGUCGUCGUGUCGUGAUGAGGAAGAGUUUGAAGAUAGUAGUUCGACAACUUCCUCCUCCACACACAAUUGCAGUAGCAUUGCCAUAGAUGACUGUGAUUGGGACUACUUUGAGCCGUCCAUGAUUAGUACAAGCAUAACCAAACAUGUGCUAUAUUCACCCUGUGGCUCCCCUUUGGUGGCGAGAAGGCGACAGUCUAGGGAGUUUAAGUCUAGUGAUAGUACAGCUUCACCCAUGGAAUCGCCGCUAAUGUAUCGCAAACAAUUGAUAGCCUGUCCUCGAGUCAGAGAAAGUGAUACCGGAACCGAUGAGGAGCUACUAAUGCAGGGCGAAAGUUCUAGUUCGGAUGGUUAUCUGACCAGGUCUUCGACAACAUCACGCAGUCAGCCCCAAAUGACCAUGAAGACUAGAAUAAAGACUAGACUUUUAAGCAAGGAGCAACAUCACCAUCAUCACUAUGCCAAACAUCGUCACAGUUCACCACGCAAUAGUCAUAUAACUGACGCUUGUAGUUGUGGAGCAACAAAAUUAAAUCAAAAACCUGAGAAUAUUUUAGCCAGUCCCGCUUUACAGCCCCAAUAUGUGCCCAUACCAGUACCGGUGCCCAUACCAGUACCUAUGUCUGCCUAUCCCUACUGGAAUGCCAAUGAUUUGUCACCUCAGCUUCAGGCUUUGGGCCGUGACAAUGAUGAGAGGAAUUUGUGUGCUUCUUUGCAAAAACUUUGGUCCACAGCCCAGAGUAAUUUACCCAAUUCCUCAGCCAGCUCCUCCAAUCUACAGGCAGCUGCAGCAGCUGCCGUGGCGGCUACAUAUCAAAAAUUGGCUGCUCAUAAAUUGGAUAGCAGCUUCAAGUCAUCGGCCCCCGAUCUAAGUUCAUCCACCUACUCUCUAGUGGGCAUGACUCAAUCGCACUGUUCCACUUCUUCCGGUUAUGGCACAAACACCACUACCGGUGGCAGCUUGGAAACCUUACUAAACGUUGAAAAGCUUACGGCUGGUGUGAAUCAACUGGAACACAACCACCACCAUCAACUACCGUUGAACAACCACCUCAACAAGCAAUCAACUGAUAAAACAUAUGUUGCCAAAAGACAUUCCCUGCACACUAUACCAGCGAUUGUAGAUGAAGACGACCAAAAACAAAACCACCACCAUCACCACCACCACUUCUAUCAACAGCACUCGAAGCAGCAGCAGCAGCAACAGCAACAUAAAGCGUUUAAUGAAUACAAUGUUAUCGAUGACUGUGGUUUCAGCUGUAUUCCAGCUCACCAUACCUCAGAAAUGUUAGUUGAUACAAAACCUUCGUUGGGUUCAAGUCGUACUUCAAGCCAAACGGAUAUACGCGACCACGACGCUAGAUACGGGGACGUGGUACGGGAACGCGAACGGGACAGUGAACCAUGCGAAAAUGAAACAUGUUUUAAUACAAUUAAAAAACAAAAUCCACUAUUAAAUUCAAUUGAUAACAAUCCCUCUAGACAAAUUAACAAUUCGUGCAUGCCAAAAUCAAACGACCACAAUUCGGAUAAAAUUAUAAUAAAAAUUAACAAAAAAUCUAUUGAAAAUAGUGAUUUAGAAGUAGAGAAUAAACAAGUUUUCAAUUUGACUAAAAAAAAUAAUAGUUGUACGACGAACAGCAACACAAACACCACCGCUACUACCACGCACACUAACACAAAUUCAACAAAGUCCAAUAAUACGGCCAAAACUAGAGAUAAACAAACAGCUUUGGCUAAAAACACAGCAGACAAACAGCAACAACAGCUGCCAACAAAAUUAAUAAUUAAAGAACCAACAACUAAAACAAACGAAACAACAAAGAGAACAGCACCACCAUCACUGCUGCCACCACUACCAACUUCAUUAUCGUCAUUACAAAGAGAACAAAACACAAUAGAAACGUAUGGGGGAACAAGUAACAAUGAAACCCCUCACUCAGAUCAAUUGGGUUUAGAGAAACGAGGUGGCAAUGAAAAACAGUUAUUAUUGUUAACAAAACAACAACUACAAGCCCAUAAUCAUAAUGUAAUCGUUAAUUAUGAUGUUAAACAUAAUGACGACGGCGACUGCAACUACAAAUACAAAUACGAUAAUAAAGUCGAUGGCGAUAAUGAUGAUGAAUGUAAUGAAAAAGCUGUAAAGCCGGUAAAAACUUGUUUGCCCAGCACUAAAACGAAAAAAUCUAUUUGCACAGAUGAUUAUGACGCUGGUGGCGACUGCCAGUUGUUGUUGGCUGAUGUAAAGAGGCAGAAUAAGAAGAAGAAAAGUUGUAAAACCACUGCUGCCGUUGCAACUGCACAACAAGCUUUUGAAGAAAAUGUGAAAAACCAGACAACAAAUACAAAUACUACAUUAUUUACAACAUUACCAGCAGCAAUAGCAACAACAACAACAGCAGCAAUACGUACUACCCCAGCAAUUGUGUUAACAACUUUAAGUACACUAAAGUCUAUACAACCUGCAGUCGUUGGAAAAUCGCCAAACGCAACGGUGGUGCAAGCGGCGGCCCUGUCCACUAGCUUUAGUAAACUUAGCAGCAGCACUAGCAACACAACACCAACUGCAACUGAAACGAUAAGAAAAUUAUCUAAAAAUAAAAACAAAAACAUGAUAAAGAACCCAAAUCAAAUAAAGUCAGACGACGAAGAAGACGAUGGUUACCUACAAAGUGAAAGAAAUUUCCUUUCCACCGAUUCUGAAUCGAAAUCACAAAGUGAAGACGACAACGACAAUGAUGACGCCACAUCAUCGGAAAAUUCUCCAACCGAGGAGGAGGAGGCGGAGGUUGAUGAGAGACAUGCUGAAGAACGUUGCAAAAAAUCUCUCAAGAAAAAAAGAUCUACGAAAACCGUUAAACGCUCCUACAACAUCAUCAACGAUGAGAGCAAUGAAAAUUCCAACAGCUCCUCUCAACACUCCUCCAAUGAGGUAGAAGGACAUAAAAGUGAUAGUGUUAGUGACAGUGAUAUGAGUGUGUCCAGUUCCGAGUCCAUAGAUACCGACGAUACUGGUAAUGUGGCCGAUCGUAGACCGCGUAAAAAGCAUUUCGCCAAAGUCUUUGUGGUUAAUCGUAAAUCUCAUAAACGUAACGGUACGGCGGCAUAUACGAGUGAUUCGUGCUCUCAAUCCUCCUCGGAGGCUAAUUUGAAUGAUACGUCGGACAAUGAUACCGACACCGAAAGAACUCAUUGUGGCGUGGUAUUGCGUUGCAUAAAAUUACUCAACGAAGACAGCGACAAUAAUAAUGAGUCCAAAGAAAUACGCGAUUCGUUGCAUGAAAGUGACAGUUGCAGUGAUUCAAGUGCUCAUGAUUGUAAACGUGACGCUAAUAGUUCUCUAGACAAUGAUCAAAACGAUCGUAAUGAUACUAAAUCGCAUGAGCAAGAGAAUGAAGAAGCAAAAGACGAUGAAGAUGAAAGUGAGUGUAGAUCGUUGUAUGUUUGUACUUCGCGCGAAGAAAUUGCCAAUUGUAUUUUUGUCGUUGGCGGUCAAACAGACGACGACAAUAAUGGGGGUGUUGUUUUGCAAAAAAUUAGCCUGCUAAAUACAGAGGAAAAUUUAUACGAUUUAAAUGAUAAUGUUGAUAAUGAUCAUGGCAUAGUUAGCCAGAAAGUGGCAAGUGAAAAACAACAAAACGUAGUGGUGCCUUUGCAGCCAUAUACGAAACAAAAUUUCUGUUUAUUUAAUGAACAGCACGAGCAAUUAGAGCAUUCGAAUGCAACGCGUGUUGCCAAACAUGCUUCACUGAUUACGGCCGAUGACUAUAAACAACAAAAACGUCAGCAACAGCAGCAGCAACAAACUGAUAAAAUGCAACAGCAACCACAACUAUCAUCAUCUAUGGACUUGGUGGUGGAUGAAGCUUGUGAGGAAUUGCAUAGCAUCUCCAAUGAUGUGAAUCGUUUGUUGGCUCUGACCAAACAAAAUUCUGAACUGGAAAUUAAAUUGCAAAAACUGAAACGUGGUGUAGCUGAAAUCAAUCAGGAUCAUUUAAAUGACUCGGUCGGCACAGACCAAACCUCAAACCCAUUACCUGCCGAACCACAGCAGCAAGAGAAAUUGCAAAAAUCUAUUAAACACAAUGAAGGCAUUCCAAAGGCUUCCUUAGCAUUACAAAAGACUAUUGAUAGUGUUCCUAACGAAAUGGAGGAGGAGAAGGUGGAGGAAGAAAAAUUGCUUAAUAUAUGUUCUACGAUGGAAACUAAAAAUAAACCUAAAACCGGUAAUGUAACACUUACAACAGCGCAAACAAUAACAAAGCAAAAUAAGAACAAUAACAAUAAUGAAAAUGUUCUAAGCGAGUGCUUUACGUCUUCUCCAGCUACUACAGCGACUGCAACAACAACAACAAACGACUACAUGAAAUUGAAAUAUGAGCUAGAAAAAGUGGAAAUACCUGUCAUGAAGAAAACAACAAAAACAAACCAUCAAGAUAAAUUACUACCAGAAUCGACUACUUCUCCUACCAUCACUACUACAAUGGCCAGCCUCAAACAUGAUGUCGGUGAUACCGAAUUCAACAUGGUCUUUGCCACAACAAAUGAAAACUUUUCUUCAGCAAAACGUGACUCCAUAGAAGAUUUUAAAGUCAACUAUGUACGUUACGUGAAUGCCGAUGAUGAAGAUGACGAUCGACCAGAACACGUUCUCUCCGAGGAGGAAGUCGAAAGGGUAGAUGAUGACGAUGAAUGUGCUAUUGUUUAUGAAAACAAAAGCCAACUUCAUAAUGAUGACGAAAGUAAAUGUGAAAUAAAGAAAAAUCAAAACAAACUCACACAAACAUUAAUCGGCCAUAGCACUGACAGCAGUAGUAGUGCUGGUGUUGGCAGUGGUAGUAAAUCUGACACGAGUAGUGGUAGAUAUACCUGUAAAUCAUUUAACGAACAGGUAACUAAAACGUAUGACGAAGAGCGACAACAACAACAGCAAGUUGCCAGAGCAGCUGCUUCUAAACGAAGUUUAAGAGAAUUGAGUAAUAAACCAGAACAUCAACAAUUCAACGAAGCAUGCAAAAUAAAUGAACUAAUACUUGACGGUUAUUCUUCGACGUCUCCCGUUUGUACAAAUUUCACAGAAUAUUUUAUGGACUCAUUAGAAACUACUACCACCAGUCUACCUUCUUCUACUACAGGUAGAGAAGAAACGCAAUCACAACAAAAAUCAAAAACAAAAACAAAACACCACUACGAGCAACAGGUAGCAGUUGAAGAGAAGAGUAGCGAACCGUUGCUGUCGUUAACUUCGCAGGUGAGCAAAGAGUUUUCAUGCUCAGAGAUCAACAUGCCGUCGUAUAGUAAAGUAAUACGUGCAGAGUAUGCUUCCAUACAAGCAGUUGAAAAUGAAAUGUUAAACGAAACACACGGUAAACGGGGAGACAACGACCAUCGUUUAGUGCAAUCAUCAUACUAUGGCGAUUUAAAAACGCCAAAUGAUUACGGUAACUCGGGUGCGAUACGUAAAUUGCAGCAACAACAAAAACCACAAAGUUUUAUACAAACAAGUGAACCAUCCAAUAAAAAAUACUUCAAUCAAAAACAACAGCAACAACAACAAUAUUUUAAUAUAAAUAACGAAAACAAUAAUAAAGUGGAACACAAUAAAGAUAAAACAGAAUCGUACUACGACGAUUAUUAUCAAAGCCUCAACAACGACGACGACGUUGUCGACGAAGAAGUCGUUAACGUCUACGACAACGAAGACGACGACGACGUCUUUGGUUUUAAUAAUACAUCCAAAAAUAAUCUGCAUAAUCACUCUCAGCAAUUAUCAUCUACAAGUGCUAAAAGUUCUACAAGUGAAGAUCCUAAUGAGAUCUCGGAUGUGACAAAUGUUAACCUAGUUAGUACGAAAUCAUCGAUUGUAACGCCAACGAAAUAUCGCAGUACGCACGUAAAUAGUUCGCCAAAUACAUUAUCCGCCAAAUAUCGUAGUUUGAUAAUGAUUACAAAAGAUCAAGAGCUCUCGCAACAACCGAAUGAAAGUGACGUUACGGCACGUGUAAUCAGUGAAAAUCAUAUAAUAGAAAAAUCUCAUACUAGUAAUAAUGAAAAUAGUAAUAAUAAUCAUGAUGAUAAUGAUAAUAAUGAUCAAAUGAAAAGUGUUAAUAGUGUAACAACAAGUGAAAAUCUAAAACAAAUGUCUAAAAUAACAACAAAUUCAAGUGCUUAUAACAAUAAUAAUAAUAACAACGGUGAAUCAUCGCCCGCCACUCAAUUAAAAAUAUCCUCUCACCACAAAGAUAAAACAAGCGUAAACAACAGAAUAGAACAAGCAGUGACUACGAAUACGUCAUUGCUGUCGAUAGAUCUGUUAAGAGAUCAACGUAUAACGAGCAACGAUGAUGACGAUUAUGACAGUUAUGAGGAAUAUGCUAACGAUCCAAAUGUAACGAUAAAGAAAUGUACAAAGAUACCUCCAGUUAUAUUGGAAGAUGGUCUGGCAGAUGAUGACUCAUGGGUGGAGGAACUCAGCGAACAUGGAGAUGCCGUCGAUGAGGGUCGUGUCGAGGAGGAGGAGGAGGGAGAGGAAGAAGACGAUACUACUCCCACUUGUACCGAUUCUGAAGAUGGCGAUGACCCGCACACCAUGGGCAUGUUUCAUGAUCGCGAAGAAGAAUUAAGAGGCUACCAUCGUACUGCCAUUGAUUUCACCCUGCAUACCAUUGUGGAAGAGAGUUGUGAGGAAAGUGAAGUGGCCUCGCUUCGAAGCCAUACAGAUGAAGAUGAGUUUGAUGAUUUGGAGAGAAGACGCCAAAAGACUCUACAACAUCAUCAUCGGCUCUCGGCUUCAGAACUAGAGAAAUAUUUCUUCUUUGGUCUGGGUGAUGGUAAAGUUUUGAAUUCCGUUGAAACCCAUGAAGAUACUUCCUCGGAAGUGAGUAGUGUUUGUUCAGAAGGUUUAGAUUCUCUUGGCAUACCCGAUGAGCCCAUAAAUGACGUGAAUCAAGCAGCGGAUUUGGCUUCUUCACGUUUGGAGAAAUAUUUCAUUCUAAUGGGCUUCAAUUCCAACGAGAAGAAUGAUUCGGAUGAAAGCGGCAGUGUGGGCAGUGAUAGCGAAGGCCAUCCAAGUCCCAGCCAAAGAAGAAAACGUUUAGUGAGAGCUAGAACCACACCACGUUCGCAUAACUCUUCCUUAGACAAUCUACUGGUUGAUUCACAAAAUAACGACAACCCAGACAAUACACUUAUGCCUUCCACCACACAAGAUAUUAUAGAUUCCUCUGAAUCGGAAAAUUGUGAUGAAACUGUUAUACAUAACAGCAGUGCCAGCGAAAGAACAUCUGAUGGCACAGAUACCAUGAAGCGUAAAAAGCAAUUGCGCAAACGUCACGACUCUCUGGAUGAGAAAAAACUGCAUGAAACCUCUCAGGAGGAUAGUAAUAAAAACAGCCUGGAAUGCCGCACACCUACUCCUGGCUCAAUCAGCAGCUCACAAUCUAAAAAACAACAACAUCAUAGUCGUGAUAGUGGUUUUGUGGGCAGUAAUGAUGAUUUAUUAAAAUCACCUGAAAGUGAUGGUCCCUCCACUUCACAUCUUGUCCGCACUAAAUCUCCCACCACUUUAGAGCAAAUUAAGGAAGACAACGAAAAAACACAAACACCCAUACCUGCCUUACGUUUAAGUACCAUAAUAGAUACCAGCUCUGCAACGCCAACCUCAGACACAAGCAAACACCUUACAGUGACCGCCAGCAGCUCCAACACAAACUUGGUGCGCAAAGACAGUUUUAACAACUGGAGUUCGGAUGAAGAAACGAAUUUAAUGAUGUGCAAAAUGCGUCAGUUCUUUAAGACUUUGGUGGUGGCCACAGCAAAUGCUCAACAGGGAUCGGCCAGCAAUUCGAAAUCCACUACUCCGAAUCAAACAACACCCAUAUCGGUGCGUCGGAUGAAAACGCGUCCGACCACAUUCGCCUACUUUGAAAAUGAAUUAACGCGUCUUAUGAAAACGGUGCCGGGUAUAAACGAUGAACAAGUUCGUGAAAUUGUCGAGUACCUAAGUAGUGAGGAUACCUGGUCCGAUUCCUAUGAUUCCUCCGAUUACACCAGCUCCGAUUUGGAGGGCAGCAGCCAGAGGCGAAAUGAACUUAAACAACAAAUUUCUGCCAGUUGUCAGCAGAUCAUUAACAAGUUUGAAGUGGACGAAGAAGGUGAUCGUGGUGAUGGCGGCUUACUCGAUGAUCCCCGUACAUCAAAUCCAGAUACAGCAUUAGUGUAUCAAAAACUGGUGGCUUCUUUCUCCAAAAUGGCAGUGGAUAAUGCAAAUGCUAAUUCCCAUUUGGAGCCGCCAAUAGAAAUCGAAACACAGGAAACUGAAAGUGUUAACGGUGGUGGUAGUAUGAAUAAUGCAGAUAUUGCAAUGCCUGCAGUUGAAGAAGAUCGUAUUUCCACAGGCAGUACACAUAGUGACGAAAGAUCUCCGCAACUAUUUGCCAGAGUAAUGCAACACAUUGGCACACGAUUAGUGGCUCUAAUGCAUGAAGUUAGUAGUGGCAAUGAUAGCCAUGGUACUAACUCCCCCAUGCCAGCCCAACGUAAUCAGCACAAACGUCUGCAAGCUAAAAUAUCAGCUACCACCACCGAAGAUGAAGAAGAUACACCUACGGAAGAUAGACCAUCAAGUUAUGCGAGAAGUUCACAGUAUUUACAUCCAUCACAUGCUCAACACAUCUAUCAAGCAACACGUUCCAGCAAUUAUCCACAAGACGAAGCCUACAAUUUGGCGCGCAGUAAAUCACACGAUCUUUUAUUAGACUCGACCACAUCAAUGACUGCUACGAGCAGCAACAAUUCGGGCGGCGGCAGCAAUAACAUUCAUCAUGCAGCUGUCCAUAACCGACCACAUCACCAUCAGUCUAGCAGCGGUGUUAGCGAUACCGCCGGCGAAGAGUGUGGAGUGGCUAGCGAUUAUGAGCGCUUUUCAUGGCGCGGUAGUUUUGAAUCAGCAUUACUGGCUAAUGGUGACUCCAGAACUAAACUAUCCCAACUCGACCGUGACAACUCAUCGUCUGCGUCCGCUUUGGCCGUUGCAAAGCGCCGUUCGGCAGGAGAUUUGUUGUUCAACCACAAAAGUCUGAGUCGUGAACAAUUAGAUCGUGUGCGUUCCUGUGGCAGUAUCGGAGGAGGUGAUGAGCAUCAUCAUGUUUUGGAAUCCUCGCCGGCAAAACCAUGGCUAUCGUCUAAUGACUCCAAGGACGCUAGACGUUCUAGCGUACCAGAUGCUAUUUAUGAAACCGACACUUCAUCUUCCGAUGAUUGUGAGGCAUUUGUCGGCACACGCUCAACGCUGCCACGCAGUCUGAUUGGUGUGGCCCAAAUGUCUACAACAAAUUCAUUGCCCCGUCUACCAACCACCGCCAAUCAAACAACUACGUCAUCAUCCACCUCUUUGGGUCUGGGUGCAGCCGCCACAGCAAGUUCAACGUCUGCUCUGGCAUCAGGUGUGUCAGCCACUUCGACGCCCAUUUCAUCGAAAUCACAAAACUCGUUGAAUUUCACGCCAACCAACAGUGCGAAGAGUGCACGUUAUCGACCGCCUGGCCUGAAAACUCAUCACAACUUUGGCUCAGUUAAUGUCAAAAAGUGUGCCCAGUCCAAUGCCCAGGCAUUGCAGCAAUUCUUGUAUCCUAAACGUGAUGCACGGAAACGUUUAAAUUUGUCCACGGAGGAGGCAAAAGUGGCCGCUGAGGAACUUAGCCGUUCACCCAUUAUGGGUCAACGUAACAGCAAUGAUCCCACCUCUAGUCCCAUACAAUCACGUGGUUCAGCCUCCAGUGAUAAUUGGCCCACACAAUCCGAUGAAGAUAUAGAUCGUUUGGUGGCAAUGCAUCAAAAUCGCAGCAGUUUAAGUUCAUUAGGUUUGCGUUCCGAUUCAAUGGCUAGUGUAUAUUCCGGCGCCGGUGAGGGUCGUUAUGGUACAGUUGUGGUCAAGGGUCAAGUGGAAUUUGGUAUGCAGUACAAUUAUAAAUUGGGAGCAUUGGAAAUACAUGUGGUGAGAUGUAAAGACUUGGCUGCUGUUGAUUCGAAGCGUAAUCGUAGUGAUCCAUAUGUUAAGGUUUAUUUAUUACCCGAUAAAUCUAAGCCCGGCAAACGCAAAACAAAAGUUAAAAAACACACCCUUAAUCCCAUAUUCGAUGAGGUCCUACGUUUCCAUAUGCCCAUCUCCAAUUUAGAGUCUCGCACACUCUGGCUAACAGUGUGGCAUUCGGACAUGUUUGGACGCAAUGAUUUCUUGGGAGAAGUGAGUGUCAAUCUACAGGGUAGAGUAUUUGAUAAUCCACAAUCACAGUGGUAUUUAUUGCAAGAAAGGAGUGAACCUUUCGAUGAAGUGGCCACUUAUAGAGGAGACAUUGUGGUGGGCUUAAAAUAUGUUACACCUGAGGGUAGCAAAUCAAAAUUCAUGCGUGCAGCUUCAUUGGCCACUGGUGGUGGUUUGAGAAAGUUUGGCAGUAUUAAAUCGGUGGCUAGUUCAAAAACCGAUCGUUCGGCUAAAGGUGGUCAAUUGCAUGUGUUGGUCAAGGAGGCCAAACAUUUAACGCCCAUUAAGCCAAAUGGCUCAUGUGAUGCUUUUUGUAAAAGUUAUUUAUUACCCGAUCGUACACGCAGUUCCAAACAAAAGACACCCAUUGUUAAACGUUCAACAAAUCCUAGCUGGAAUUAUACUUUCAUUUAUGAAGAUGUCUCAUUGGAAGAUUUAUCCGAAAGAGCUUUAGAAUUAACGGUCUGGGAUCAUGAUCGUUUGGCGAGUAAUGAAUUUUUGGGUGGUGUUCGAUUUUCAUUGGGAACAUGCAAGAGUUACGGACGCCAAGUUGAGUGGAUGGAUGCCUCCGGUAAAGAAUUAUCAUUGUGGCAAAAUAUGCUCGAUCGUCCUAAUUUCUGGGUAGAGGGCAGUGUUAUUUUAAGAUCAACUUUGGAUGGUAUCAGAGCGAUACCAUAAAAUUGUAAUUAUUAAUUUAAUUAUCUGUAGUUUUAGUUGUUUGUUUAAGUUCUUUUUUAUUAUUAUUUUAAAUCUAUUAUUUGCAUUAUUUAAACCCAUAUAUAUUAUACAAAGCUGUAAUCAGCGCAUUUGUUAGAAGUUUAUGGCAAAAAAAAAUCAGUAUAAAACUGAAAUUGAAAACGAAAAGCUCUGAAAUGAUUUGAAGUUCAAAAAAGUAUUCAAUAUUCUUACCCAAAAAAAAAGAAGAAAGAAACCAAAAUAAUUGUAUUUAAAACAAAAUUUCAUGACAAUUUUUUGAAAAGCAUUAUUAGCAUUAAUUUUUGAAAUGAAAAAAUUUAAAAAAAAAAUUGAGAGAAAAAAGCAAAUAACUUAUUUCAAAAACAAAACUGAAAACAUGUUAAUUAUAAAGAAAUUAUAAAAAAUAAUAUUUAAUUAAAAGAAAUAUAAUUAUAUAAAUAUACAUUAAUAACUAAAUAUAAAUAUAUUCACCCUUGUAUGUAUAGCUAUAUUUAAAUACAUAUUUUAUAAGUUUAAUAUUAAGACGAUUGAAAAUAAAUUAUAACAAAAAUUUAACUUUUUAUAUACAAAACAAAAACAACUCAAUUAUUUUCUAAUUUCCUAGUUUCACUACUUUCCAAAACAAAACUAAAAAACAUAUCACUAUUUCUUAUCAUCAACUACUAAAACCUAAACUAUAAAAUUUAAAAAAAAAACAAAAAAAAAUCUUAAAAUUUAACCAAAACUUUCUAAAAAGCCUUAUUCGAGAAAAGGUAUUUUGGCGUAGAAUUAAAUACAAAAAAAAUAGAAAAACGGUUUUCUGUGUUAAAACUUUAUAAACAAUUUUUAUAUGACAAACCAAUAAUAAUUAUAAAUAAUUAAUAUAAUAACAUCAACCAACAAAACAAAAAUAUAUAAAAAAUUGCAAUAUUGCAUAUUGAUGCGUUCGAAAUUUUGAAGGACAAAAACCAGAUAAAAAUACAAUUAAUCUACUUAAAGUUAAGAUUACAUUUACAAAAUAAUAUUAUUUAAUAUAAAGCAAACAAAACAAAAACUAAAUAUUAUAUAAUAUACAUACAUAAAUACUUUAGUAUAAAUCAAAAAAUAAAAUCUUUUAAAAUAAA